AUGCCCCGGUUCAUUUUAGAGUCACUUGGUUGUUUGAUGCGUUCGUGCUCGUCGGCGGGACGGUGCAAGGCGCAACUCCGACGCGGUUCCUCGCCGGUUGGACGGCAUUCAGGUGCAACCCCGGCGCACACUGAGUACUGCCUUGGCUAUAACCUCCCUCGAAAUUCAGUUCAUAUGAAAGAAAAGAAAGUCAUACAGUACCUGGCAUUGACAUUGGGAGCAUGGGCUACUGCUCGCACCUCUACCUACAGAGUUCUAUCAUGCACAAUCAUGUAUGCACACUGGUCUAUCCAGAAGAUUAGGUCACGGCCCUCUCUGCCUGGGCCGCCAGCUCCCCAGAGGGCCGCAUCCGGCCUGCCGCAAGUACACCUAAGCUGCCGCCUCCCCGGGGGUCGCAAUUGGAAGUGGAUGACCAAGGAGAAGGUGCACGGUGGGGGCCAGGCGCUUAAGUGGGAGGCGGAGCUCGCCUCCCCCAACGACGACGGCUUCGAUCUCAAGUGA